CAAGUGGAGACUAUCAGCAACAAAACAACCCUACAACUUCCAGCAUAGACAACAAUUAUUUCCCAUAAAAAUUUCAAUUGCGAAAUACAAAUCCAAAUUUGCUUUAAAUUCUCUGCUCGCGAUGUACAAGCUAUUGCCCUUCAGCGGGGAUCUGAUGCGGUAUAUCCUGCAGCCAUUGAAGAGCAGCAAGCGCAAGAACGCCUACUCCAUAUGGAAAUUCUGUCCGAUGAAGCAAGCUAAACAGGCCUACAGCAAGCUGCACUAUUGUCAGUUCUGCAAGCCCGAUUUGUUUCCGUUGAUCUUCUGGUUUGUGCUGGCUCUCAGCAUUUGGGGCGCCGCCUGCACGCUCAAGCAGACGCUGAAGCUGUUUAGUUGCCCGAACAGCAAGCUGGCCAUGUGGCGCAACCGGGAGUUCCAUGUGUUCAGCGCCAAGCUGCUGCACAGCGCCCGAUUGAUUGGCUCCUGUGCCACCAUCACCGUUUGGUGCAUGCUCACCUGUGGCCUCGUUAUGCUCAAGCCGGAACUGAUGGACCCCUGGUUCGUACUCUACACCUGUGUGAUGAUCGCCGAGCUCAUAGUUUGGGUGUACGAAGUCCUGACCGGUCACAUUCAGCUCGAGCUGCACCAGGGACUGACGCUGAUCCUGCCCAUUGUGAAUCUCAUGAUGGUCGCGUGUGUGAAGACGGUCAUUGAGAAGUCUCUGAAGGAUCAUGUGGAGGACUCGCUGCGUAUUUUUUAAUUCUCAAUAAAAGCCUAAUCGAUUGGACGGGCGGGCUUUGCUUUGGCUUUAA